AGCAAAAGGGACUGUUUGCAUGAUACAAUGCAAUCAGAUAGCCUAAACUCAUUGUUUUGACGGUUCAUUGUUGUGGGUCUUUUGCUUCUGAGGGGACAAAAUGAAGUUUGCCAUCCUGUGCCUGUGCCUGGUGAGCACAGCCUGUGCUGUACCAUUUCAGUACCUGCCACACUUCCCAGGCUCCAGACAGCAGCAGCCACCUGUACAGGGGAACAAUCCCUUUUCAUCUGGUUUUCCACAACCUGGACUCCCAGGAGCUUAUAGUAUAGAACUGAUUUAUCCUCACAGAUUUCCUGGUGGUCCCACUGGUGGAGCUAAUCCAACACAGCCCUUUUCUUCUUAUGGUUUCAUCAAAUACUCCAUUCCUCAGCCACCAGGCAGACAGAGUUUAGAGAUUUUCUACCCCUAUGACUUCAGUCAGCAAAGGAUUGUGCAGAACCUUCCUCCCAUGUCAAACCAACCCAUAAUGCCAGAUGUUUUCCCAAUUGAAUAUCCUCCUCAAAACAUGCCUCAGCAAACCAUAAAUAAGCCAACCUCUGAUGCCAAAGCUGUCCCAUCCCAGGAUCCACUGCAGUCACUCCUGCAGAAUAAGCCCACACAGGCAAGCCAGGUGCAUCCAAAGGUGUAAAGGAGCUCCUCCGUCAUUAUCUGCCAGUGAACCUGGAAGUGCUUGACAAAAACUGAAAUUACGUUAAAUGGAAGCUUUUCAUGAAAGUAAAUAAUGAAAAGAAAGAAUAUUAGCAGAAAAAAAGUUUGACUGAAUUACAUUCUUAGAAUGAUUCAUGUUAAAAAUACAACCUUUUGAUUUCUUCAUCCUCUGAUUAUUAACAGUAAGCUAUUGUAGGUCUGCAGACAGGGAUUUAUUUUUUAUUUUUUUCUCACAGCAUGUGCUGCAUCUUAGUUCAUGUUGUCCUCACGUCCUACUUUGUCAUUUUCUUUAAUAAACAAACACUUUGAAGCAUU